GUGUAAAAGAGAAUUUUGGCUUACAAAAAAUGCCGGAGGGAGUAUUUGGACUAUAAGUUUUUUUUUACCAUCGGUAUCCGUGAAAUGCUUAACGUGGUUCGAAGUCACUUCUGUCGGUUGGUUUCAGCCCCUCUCAAUCGUGCAGACGUGGAGAUCAAACUGUGUCGUCACUACCAAAUCCAACGCGAAUCACCGAACCAACGCUUUUUUUUUUAGUUUAAUUAAGGAGCUAGAAGAACCAUAGAAAUUGAGAUGAUUAAUUAUUGUUGGGUGGCUUUUGGCUUUUGAUGAAAAAGAUGUAGGCGGCAGAGAAGUGUGUAACGUGGAGCAGUCGUCGGUGAAAUAAUAAUGAACCGAUUUUACCAAUGAGAACGCAGACUCUCCUUCCUUCCUCUUUGGUUGGUGACUUGAAGACGCACCAUCCCAUUUUCAAUGUCUCCAUCUUCUUCUCUCACUUCCCUUGUAUUUGCCAGGAAACUACUAGCAACUAUUAUAACAGAUAUUUCUCGUCCGAGGACUCAAAAUUGGAACUUAGCAACAAGAGGAGGAAGUCUCGUAUCGUUUAAAGGUUGUGCCAGGUUCGUCCAAACAUCAUGUCGAAUCUCUGCCCCCGGAACAGUCCCAAUAAAUCAUGAAAAACUCCAGUCUAAUGUUUCGAGGGAUAGGAAGGUAGUUCCUGAUGCAGAUCCUCCUAGUACCAAAGAUGUCGGCCUUUUGUAUCAAUUUUUUGAACAAAGUACCAAGCUCAUGGUAUUGACUGGAGCUGGAAUCAGUACAGAAUGUGGUAUCCCUGACUAUAGAAGCCCUAACGGUGCUUAUAGUUCUGGUUUCAGACCAAUAACACAUCAGGAGUUUCUUCGUUCAAGUCGAGCCAGGAGGCGAUAUUGGGCUAGGAGCUAUGCUGGGUGGAGGAAAUUUACAGCAGCCCAGCCAUCUGCUGCUCACCGAGCUUUGGCAACAUUCGAGAAAGCUGGUCGAAUCGAUUUUAUGGUUACCCAAAAUGUCGAUAGGCUGCAUCAUCGAGCUGGUAGCAACCCAUUAGAAAUACAUGGAACUGUAUACACUGUAAUUUGUAUAGAUUGUGGAUAUUCCCUUUGCCGGAGCUUAUUUCAGGACCAGUUGAAGGCCCUUAAUCCAAAGUGGGCAGAAGCAAUUGAUAAUUUGGACCAUGGAAGCCCUGGGUCAGAAAAAAGCUUUGGAAUGAAACAAAGACCGGAUGGUGAUAUUGAGAUUGACGAAAAAUUUUGGGAGGAGGAUUUUAUCAUCCCAACCUGCCAGAAGUGCAACGGUGUUCUCAAACCUGAUGUUGUCUUCUUCGGUGAUAAUGUUCCCAAGGACAGGGCUGAUAUGGCAAUGGAAGCAUCUAGAAAAUGUGAUGCUUUUCUUGUACUAGGGUCAUCUGUGAUGACCAUGUCUGCUUUUCGACUUGUAAGGGCAGCUCAUGAGGCAGGUGCAGCAACUGCGAUUGUCAAUGUAGGUGUGACGCGUGCUGAUGAUUUCGUGCCCUUGAAAAUCAAUGCACGACUGGGUGAGAUACUGCCAAGAGUACUUGACAUGGGAUCGAUCAGUGUACCUGUUGUGUAAUGAUAAUAGAUCGCAAGAUGCACAGGUUUUUUUGUUCGACUUCGCCACACUCCUUAAUCAUGUUGUUGCUCUCAUGCUCUGUAGUGUAUGAGUCGUGCACAUUGAGUUGCCACUUUCCGACCAUAAUCACCUUCAAAUGAGAAUGCAUUGGUGAAAGAAUGUCAACUUCAAUAUGCAUGAAGCAAGAUAUUAUGAUUGUUGGUGCCCUUUUCAUUGAUUAAAUAACUUAAACUCAAAUUGAUUAACCCUUAUUACAUUGUCCCUAAUUACCUGAAAAGUUGCUCUAAAUUCAGGAACUUGUAUUUUAUCUUAUUAUUUCUCUCCUAUGUAAUUUACUAUAGAAUUUGGUUAACAUGAAAAUAUAGUAAUUGAUACUCAUGUUAGAAUAGAUUUUUUUCCCA